AUGAUGAGAUCAAGGUCAAGUAUAACGCUGAAGUACGAAAUCGUUUUCAGAAAUACGGAAGACCUAAAUAAAUCUAAAUAUGAAAUAUUUAGAGAUUCACAGAAUAAGCAAAGGAAGAAAGUAAAAGGUUGCAAUCCUGAUAAUUAUAAAAAGCUGGAUAAAACAAUUUUAAAAAUGUGCUUAGAGGCAAAGGACAAGUGCGAAAUCAUUGAAAAGAUCAAAAACAUUAAUACAAAUGCAAGGUAUGAAAACAUCAAAGAAAUCACUGGAAAAGGGCUUGUACCGUAUCAGGACGCAUCCAUUGGAGAUACAAUGUCAACUUUUAUCCAUUUCUGA